CACGUCUCCAAGGCAACCGUUCAAUAUAACCUCGGCGUUCCCGAGAUGCCCGGCGUCAUUUCAGCGCGCGCGGCGCAGCAACCUGUCCACUUUAUUUUAACUGCCAAAUAUUUAUGAUCAUAUUAACCUGCUGAUGAUGAAAUGAGUGAAACAUCUUUAGUAAACUGGAUGAUGAUGACAAUGGCGUUCGCGCGACUUUGCAACACUUUUGAUGUGAAAAAAACCACUACGUUUUAAACUAAAAGAUGUCUUGUGAGAAGCCCAGCUUCCGCGCGCAGCCGGCGGUGCGGAGCAUCUUCGUGUACAAGAACGGGGACGCGCACAUGGAGGCACGGCGCGUGCUCAUCCACGAGAAGCGCGUUUGCGACUUCGAGACUCUGCUGCGCGAGGUGACCGGGCGAGUGCGCGCUCCAUUCGGUGCCGUGCGCAGCAUCUACACACCACGAGCCGGGCACCGCGUGGAAACGCUCGAGCACGUGCGCCACGGCGAGCAGUACGUCGCGGCCGGCAAGGAGAAGUUCAAGAAAUUAGACUAUUUGCAAAUCAGAAGCAAGAAGAAACAGAUGCUACAGAACAACGGGCUGGUGAAAGCAGCACCGCCGAACCGGAUCAUCGUCUCAGCCCGGUUUCUGAAGCCCAUCAAAGAGCCAUGUGCAAUAUUCAUUGUUGCUAAUGGUGACAUACUGAAUCCGGCUGUGAGGUUUCUGGUUCCUAGCCGCCUAUUCAAUCAGUAUGAUAGAAUCCUGGAGAUGAUCACAGAGAAAAUGGGGCUGAGGAUUCUGGGUGGAGUGCGCAGUUUGUGUUCGCUGGAGGGAGUUCCUUUAACAGACGGGAAAGAUCUGGAAAACGGGCAGUUUUACGUGGCAGUGGGCAGAGACAAGUUCAAACGUCUGCCUUACGCCAACACGCUCUUCACCAAACCUGUAGGCAUGAGGAGGAACAUCAGAUCGAAAGCAGCUUCUCUUCCACCCAUUGACAAAUACGCAAGACACAACGGGGAAGUAGUUAACGGAGUGAGCAAUUCGAAUCACAUCGACGACGUGAAGAUCACCGACCCGGCUAUAUCUCUGAUGCGACAGAUUUCCCAGGCCAGGCUCAUGGCCAUACGCAAGAAGCGGAGCAACCUGACCAACUCAUUCAGCACCCAGGAUAAUGACGAGGCAGAAGCUAAACCUGAAUGCAAGGAGGUGGAGAGCAAAGAAGAGCCUGAGGAAGAUGAGAAUUCAGCAGCUGAGCAGGUAUAUGGCAGUGAGGACGUAGGAGCUGGAGAGGAAGAGGCAGCAGCUGGGGAGGAAGAGGCAGCAGCUGGGGAGGAAGAGGCAGCAGCUGAACAGGAAGAGGCAGCUGCGGAGGAAGAGGCAGAAGCUGAACAGGAAGAGGCAGCAGCUGAACAGGAAGAGGCAGUAGAUGCGGAGGAAGAGGCAGCAGCUGAAGAGGCAGAGGCAGCAGCUGAUGAGGCAGAGGCAGCAGCUGUGGAGGAGGAGGCAGCAGCUGGGGAGGAAGAGGAAGUAGCUGAAGAGGAAGAAGCAGCAGCUGGGGAGGAAGAAGCAGCAGCUGGGGAGGAAGAGGCGGCAGCUGGGGAGGAAGAGGCAGCAGCUGAAGAGGAAGAAGCAGCAGCAGAGGAAGCAGAAGUGGCAGUGGAACAGGAAGAAGCAGCUGAAGCGAAAGAGGAGUCAGAAGUAGAGGCAGAAGCUGUGUCAGAGGCAGCAGGAGAAGACAAAGCUUAACCACAUAAAGAGGAACCCGCAGGAAAGACAGUUAGUGGAGAGGAAGCGGGAGACACGGCAGCAGUAGAAGAACGAGAGGAAGGCUGAGACGGGAAAACUAGUAACGGUGAUGUCACCAGACUAUACAAUUAAAUUUAGAGUAAGAAAGUAAAAUAAAUAUUUUAUUUCUUUUUUAAUGGUGACAGUGGGGGAAGUCCUUAUGAAGUCAAAUGAACAUAUUUGCAUAUGACAUUCAAAUGAACACAGAUUAUACUUGGAUUAUAACUCCAACUUUCUUAAGACUACAGUAGGUGUGUCUUUGACUCCAUAUAUGUAAAUGAGAAUUCCAAAAUGGACAGAGUAAUAUUUAAAUUAUUUAUAAUAAAUUUCAGUUUUAGUUACAUCUUGGUGAGAGAACAUGGUGAGAGAGAUGAUGAAAAAAAACGAUGCAUUAUUUUACACACGUUUAAAAUCGGAUAUUUACAGAGGUGUAUUUUGUGUGGUGCUUCAUUUUUCUGUGUAGAUCUGUUUAUUAUCCUGAAUAAAGAGAAUUAAUGCAUAAAAGAAACAAUAAUAAAGAUGUAGUUAUGGA